GCCCUUCCUCUGUUCAGAUCUUUCCUCGUCUGUUCCAGAACGAAGCCAGAGGUCAAACAUCCUCUGUUGCUCUGCUUCGUCUUCUCUACCUGUCUGUGUGACUCUCACCGCCACCAACCACCGGAAGAAGAACAAGUAGAAAGAAGCAGCGGAAGGACUCCCUCCCCACCUAGAUCAGAAGAAGGAAAAUGGCAACGAAGAUGCAGUACAAGAAUCUGGGAAGGUCGGGUUUGAGGGUGAGCCAGCUAUCUUACGGGGCGUGGGUGAGCUUCGGCAACCAGCUGGACGUGAGGGAGGCGAAGUCGAUAUUGCAGUGCUGCCGCGACCAUGGCGUCAACUUCUUCGACAAUGCGGAGGUGUACGCCAAUGGGCGGGCGGAGGAGAUCAUGGGGCAGGCGAUCCGGGAGCUCGGGUGGCGCCGCUCCGACCUUGUCAUCUCCACCAAGAUCUUUUGGGGAGGAAGCGGCCCCAAUGACAAGGGGCUCUCCCGGAAGCACAUCAUCGAGGGCACGCGCGCAUCCCUCAAGCGCCUCGACAUGGAUUACGUCGACGUUCUUUACUGCCACCGACCGGACGCCUCGACGCCGAUCGAGGAGACGGUCCGCGCCAUGAACCACGUGAUCGACCAUGGGUGGGCCUUCUAUUGGGGAACCAGCGAGUGGUCCGCUCAGCAGAUCACCGAGGCGUGGUCCGUCGCCCAGCGCCUCGACCUCAUCGGACCUGUCGUCGAGCAGCCGGAGUACAACCUCCUUUCCCGCCACAAGGUUGAAGUGGAAUAUCUCCCGCUUUACAGCACAUACGGUCUCGGUCUUACAACAUGGAGUCCACUUGCAUCUGGAGUCCUCACAGGAAAAUACAAUGACAAAACCAUACCUCCUGAUAGUCGAUUUGCCUUGGAAAAUUACAAGAACUUGGCAAACAGGUCGUUGGUUGAUGAUGUGUUGAAAAAGGUUGGCGGACUGAAACCCAUUGCAGAGGAGUUGGGUGUGAGUUUAGCUCAACUUGCAAUUGCUUGGUGUGCCACAAAUCCAAAUGUUAGUUCCGUCAUCACAGGUGCUACAAAGGAGAGCCAGAUUCAUGAGAACAUGAAAGCUCUAGAUGCAAUUCCCUUGCUGACACCAAAUGUGAUGGACAAGAUUGAGGCAGUUGUUCAAAGCAAGCCAAAGCGUGCUGAAUCAUACAGAUAAGUGAAUGGCGGUGUAUUUGUCAUCAGUAUUUGGGAUUGGCUUUCCGGAUGAUUUUGUGCUCAACAGUUUUCAAGCCAAGGUUGCUGCAGAUUACCUCUUUGAAGUUUUUUGUUGCUUCUCUUUCUUCCUAGUCUCUAGAUCAUUUAUGGGAAAUUAAAAUACUGGAAAUUGGUCUCGUUUUCGUUUGGGGUUACUCGUAUACUCACAGAAGUUAUUUGUGCACGGGGAUAUGAUGUGUGAACACAAUGCCCUUGGCACCGUUUUUCUUACGAAGAAUGGUACCGGGCUGGACAAAUGUAAAACAUUUCUGUUUCUUAGUAGCAGAACAAUUUUUUGGACU